CUCCAUACUUCAUUGAGUAUAAACACAUUUGCAGAACAUGAAAGUGUAUCAAAAACCACAACUUUUUUAAAACAAAAUGUUUACAGCAAAGUAGAUAUGAGUAAGAAAUUACAAGUUACCACAUAGUAAACAGAGAGAGUAAUAAGAAAAAAUUACAAGAUACAAAGUUCUAUUGUAUGUUGUGCUUGAAAGAAUUAAUAUGUUUAUAUUAAAAUUCAGUAAUAAAUUAAAUUUGAUAAAUCUUUUUUACACUGCAGAUAUGAUCAAUUUUUGGUUUGAAUAAGUUAUUUUGUUUUGUUUUUUAUUGAAAAAAAAAGAAGUUGUGGCAAAUGGAACAGACAAAGAAAAAAAUAAAUAACAAUGAUAAAAGUUAAAUAAAAGAAUUCACAAGAAGAAAGGUGAAUGCUUAAAAAAAAAUUAAAUAAAAUAUAAUCUUAAAAUAGGGUUUGAUGAGGUUGGCAUUGUAGAGCAUGCCUCCUGAUACAAACUGCCUCAAACCCAAACAUUUAAUUGGCUGACAUAAACUCUCGUUUAGUCUCGCGAUAAGAAACGGUUCUCCUGAAUGGUAUUUAGUUGCUGUUGUGGCUGGUUGGAGGAGCAGUCUCUGUGUGUUUCCUGAACUGUUAUCCAGCUUGGAGCAUUACGGGAGUACUUGACUCUCCCAGGAAGCAGCAACCGCCGGCAUCUUUGAAUCAAGUCGGCCUCUUCUUAACACGUAAUUCUGCAGGUGGUGCAGAAGACUCAGUCUGAAGAGGUGAGAGCACCACAGGAACAAGUCGUAGACAGAGUCCAUUGGAUGAGAUGUUUGGUCAUCUGAUCAAUUCUUUGUGAAUGGAUUAGGAAAAAGGCAGGUUGACCAUGCGCUGCCUGGCUGCUCGGGUGAACUACAAAACCCUCAUUUUCAUCUGCGCCCUCUUCACCCUCAUCACCGUUUUACUCUGGAACCGCUGCUCCAACAAUACCUCCAUAUACUUCCUUCCUCGAGCCGCCUUCGUCGCUCCGAGUCCUAAGAUAGGGGACGAAAGCCUCGGCAGCCAACAGCAUCCCCCACAGCCCCCGGAGCCUCCACCUGUUGUCGGCGGCGUCAAGUUUGAGGAAAUCGACUGCCUGAUCAAUGACGAAACCACGAUCAAAGGCAGACGAGAAGGCUUCGAGAUCUACCUGCCGUUCAACUGGAUGGAAAAGUACUUUGAAGUGUACGGGAAAAUAGUUCAGUACGACGGCUACGAUCGCUUUGAGUUCCAGCACAGCUACUCCAAGGUGUACGCCCAGCGAGAGCCCUACCACCCCGAUGGAGUCUUCAUGUCCUUCGAGGGAUACAACGUGGAGGUUAGGGAUCGAGUCAAAUGCAUCAGUGGAGUCGAGGGUGUUCCUCUAUCGACUCAGUGGGGUCCUCAGGGCUACUUCUACGCCAUCCAGAUUGCCCAGUACGGUUUGAGUCAUUACAGCAAGAACCUGACGGAGCGUGCGCCCCACGUGGAGAUCUAUGAUACAGCCGAGGAGAAGGACAGCAGGGCCACAGCACCCUGGAGCGCCCCAAAAGGCUGCAGCCUAAACCGCGUCCACGACAAGUCCAGAUCCACCUCCGUGCGGCAGUUCAAUGCUCCAGAGUCCUCAGAAGGCGUUUCUCUCCAACUGGGCAACUCCAGAGAUUUCAUCCUAAGCUUGGACAUCAAGUUUGUCUCAAACGGCAGCGUGUCCGUCAUCUUGGAAACCACAGAGAAGGGCCCCCCCUUCACCAUUCACUAUGUGACCAGCACACAGCUCAUUGCCUUCAAAGACCGCGACAUCACCUACGGCAUCGGGCUGCGCACAGCCUGGAGCACCCUGACCCGAGACCUCCUGACCGACCUGAGGAAGGGCGUCGGUCUGUCCAACACUAAGGCUGUCAAAGCCACUAAGAUAAUGCCCAGGAGAGUGGUGCAGUUGGUCCUUCACGGGCGCGGCUUUGUUGACAACAUCACCAUCUCCACCACCUCCCACAUGGCCGCCUUCUUCGCUGCCAGCGAUUGGCUGUUGCGGAACCAGGACGAGCGGGGAGGAUGGCCCAUCAUGGUCACUCGUAAACUUGGCGAGGGCUUCCGGCCUCUGGAGCCCGGCUGGUACUCGGCCAUGGCUCAGGGGCAGGCCAUGUCCACGCUGGUGAGAGCCUACCUGCUCACCAAGAACCAGGCGUACCUCAAGGCUGCGCUCAAAGCGGUCGGACCGUACAAGGUGCCUUCAGCGCAGCAUGGGGUCAAGGCGGUGUUCAUGAACAAGUACGACUGGUAUGAGGAGUACCCCACCAGCCCCGGCUCGUUCGUCCUCAACGGCUUCAUCUACUCCUUGAUCGGGCUCUACGACUUAGCAGAGACGGCCGGCGAGAAGCUGGGCAGGGAGGCGGGGCAACUCUUCAGCCGUGGCAUGGAGUCGCUGAAAGCCAUGCUGCCUCUCUUUGACACAGGAUCUGGGAGUAUCUAUGACCUGCGUCACUUCAUGUUGGGAACGGCUCCCAACCUGGCUCGCUGGGACUAUCACACCACGCACAUUAACCAGCUCCAGCUGCUGGCGUCCAUAGACAACGCCGCCAUUUUCAAGGACGUCAUCAAGCGCUGGAAAGGCUACUUGAAAGGGAUUCGAGCCAAGCACAACUAGACGAAUUAGGAGUGUUACCUGUGUGUGUGUUGUGUGUCAGAUGAUCGGGUGAAGGUGAGUGUCCUCCCUGUGGAACCAGUUCUCCAUCAGAGGGAGGAGUUCAGUCUGCUGCAGCUCUCACUGCUGCCGCUCUCUUGUGUGCUUUGCUGCAAUACUUUUGUUUUUCCACAAAAUAAACUGUUUUUAUUUGUUCCCAUGAGGCUGGACUCGGAGCGCGAGCUACGUUCAGGUAAAAUAGAUGUGUAUUUUGUUUAAAAAUAAAUGAUUUUCAUGUUGGAGAGACAGAACCUCAUUUCAGACUUUCGUAAAAUGAACCACUGUAUUUUUUUUAAUUAGCUUUUCUUAUGUAAUUCAUCUCAGAAUUUCAAAAUCUAUGAAAAAGUGAUAACAUAAAGAGUAUUUUAUUACAAAGAUGAUGGAGGAUGUUGCCAAAAAGGUAGAUCUGUGAGCUUUUCCUCUACAGAGUUUUGACGUUUUAUUCUGACAAAUAACCCCUCCUCUCUAAAAUCAGGACAAACAUUUGACUACGGGAUUACAUCCAAACUUUAAAUGAGGUUUCAUUUAUUUCCCUCCUAAAUGUAAACAUUGAAGAAAGGAUUAGGUGUGUGUUUGCUGCUUAAACUGAGCUCCGAGGAAUAAACAAUCCCUCUGAACUCACACGAAUGAAGAACCCUAGAAACAAACAUAUCAUCCCUGCAGUCCUUCCUGCAGCAGAUUUAUCUUAUAAUUACUUCUGAAGCUGCUAAUGUGAGACGAGUUAUCACAGACGGCAGUUGGGAGUUCUGAGUGAAGCCUUUUUUUUUCUCCUCAAACAGGCUAGCCAGUUUUAGGAGAGGAGGGGCUCGCCCAAAAACGUAGCUUAAUAAUGCUCACCAACAUGACUGACGAAGAAGAAACACUAAAGCUACGUUCACAGCGGCCUCGGUAACGUGCGUUCUGGUGUCAGUUUUCAAUGUAAAGCCUAUGGAAACUAGUUCUGUCAAAUUUAAAAAAUGAAUCACACUUUGGGGCUGUGAUUAAUCACAAAAUAGAACGGGUAAAUUUAUGACAAUAUAUAACUUUUGUACAAAAAAAAGGCCAGAGAAAUUUUCCUUUUAUUUUAAUUGUCUGAAAUAUUGAAAUGUAUAAUGUUAAAGGGGCCAUACCAUGAUUUUCUUUAGUCUUUCAGAAUAAGCUUUAUCCAUAUAAAUGAUCAUAUAUUAAGUUUGGAACACUAAAAAACAAAUUAUUUAUAAAAUAAAGAACUCUUUUCAUUCCCAGAAGUAAAACGACUCGAUCUUAGGCUCAGCCUAUCGCUCCUUGGGGGUGCUGCCCACUUCAUGACGUCAUCCUAGAGCCGUCCUCGUCAGCGUGUCUACGUAAAAAGAAUAUAUAUAUAUAGAUGUACAUACAGUGCAGCUCGGGUGUUUAUCCCCAAAAUUAGGCACAGACAGAAUGGCGAUGGCUAAUGGGUUAAUUUUGCGGUGAAAUUGGGUGAAAUAAUGCAGACAACAACUCCAGAUGAGCAUUUCAGGAUGUCUUGAAACGAUGACAUAUGAUCUCUGUAUCAAAAAUCUUCUUUGCUUUUAUGCAGAUCCAUUUUUGCCGUUGCUCAAUAAUCCACAUUUAAACCAGUUCUUCCAAUUCUUCGCUCCCCUUUUCCACCAGGAAAUAUCCUGCUCCCUUUCUCCUGCUGUCUUUCCAAUAUCCCGUCUGCAUUCUCGGAUACGUAUAGGAUUCAUCUCAACAUGUUGUGCAGAUUUCUCACUAGUCAGUAUGCUCCAGUGCCACCGCACAAAGUUUGAACACUAAACCAAACGAGUGUUUCUUGGUGAGCUGCACGAGCUCACAACAAAGACGGUCAGCAUCUGCUGUGCACGUGCUGGAGAGGGGCGGGUACUCUCUUCCAGUUUUUGAUGCGUUCGGGUCACAUUCCCUUUUACGAAAAAGCUAUCUAAACCGAAAAAAUAACGAGAAUAAAGCACAACAAAUUGAUUUAAUAUAUAUAUAUAUAUAUGUAUUUUGUAAGUGACCAUGUUAUAAGUGUGAUAAUCCCCGAUAAAGUGUGCAUUAUCAGAAAUUAACGCACGGUGUGGAACCCUUAACUGUUGGAAGAUUGAUGCUUCACGGAGUGUAAUUAAUUAGUGUCAAGAAGUAUUAACACAUUCAUUUUUUUAUCAAUAGUGUGCAUUAACGCGUUAAUGUUGACAGCCCUAAUGUAAACACACCCAUAUAUGGACAUUUCAGGCCAAAAUUCUCUUGCCUUCAUGUGAAGCAACAAAAGCUUUUAGAACUGUUUUCAGGAUCUACAUACAAAACACGUGACCAAUAGAUGCGCAUAAAAAGUUAAACCAGGUUGAACUUUGACCAAUCAGGGACUUGGAUUUGUUAGUGACGUUUUGAUACUGUUGUCUUUAAUUCAUGGAUGUACCAACCGCUUGAGAACUGAUCAUGGAGGAGGAAUUAAUAAUUCCGAAUUUUGCCUGCCCAGAAUUAUAUGACACCAAGGCCGAAUCCGAAUUCUUCCCCUACCCUACGGCUUCUCCCUGCCCCCAUAUUUAGCCCUCCAAAUGGAGAGCUGUGGAAAAAAAAGUGUCUUCAUAUUUGGAUGACACUGCCACGUGAGGACGUCAUCGAAAGUCGCGGGGCAGCUACGUUAGCGCAUAACUGCUAGCGCUCAGAAUUGCAUAACAUCAGUUUUAUAACUUUAAAAGUCAUGCUAAAACAAUAAAGUAAUUACUUACGUUUAAAUGUAAGCAUGUACCUGUAGGUACAUGCGCUAGUAAAUGGUAGCAAAAAAAAAGAAGCCCCUCCCUGCUGGUGCAGUGUGAACACCAUAGACUAAACUCGCUAGAAAUGCGCGUCACAAGCCCGGUGUGAACGUAGCAGCAAUUAUUACAUCUUUUUCCAAAUGUGUUGGCAGCAUUUUCUAACUUGAACUGAAGAAAGAGGUGCUCUUAAACUAUGAGCUAACAGUUAAAAGAAGCAUUUUUUCAUAAUCUUGUACUGAGCCUUUUCUAAUCCUGUUUUUUUUGUUUUGUAGAAUCAUUACUGUUUGAUUUUAAGCCCCGCUCCCUUUUUUGUGUGUUGUUUCCUUGGCCAUUAAAGCCCUUCCUCUGCAGCUCCGAGCAGAAAACUGUAAUUACAGAUGCAAGUGUAGGCGGUGUCUCGGUGGUGUAGAGGAAGGUGGGCAGCCGCAGCUGCCUCUCGCUGCCGCUCAGCCUCCACCUUGUGAGAGAAGAGUGCCAGCCUAAUGAAAGCUGGAGGUGAAUUCUUCAAGGUACACUCAGACCCCGCGGGGCUCUGGGCGCUCCUCCGGCCCCGCUGAGUGCAUGAACUCUUGAGUGAUGCCCCGGAGAAAGACAGUUCUCCCUGCUAAUAAGGUGGAGAGGCUGCAGCUCUGCACAGCCACCAGUCAGCGCUUUAACAAGCUGUCGGUGUCGAUGAAGCUCUCAUCGAUCUGCCAUAGAGAUCAUGAAUACCAGGCAGGGGCUGCUUUUCAUAAAAUUGGUCUAAUCUUUAAAAGAAAAACGUUCCUUAGAUUGUGAGUGGCCGUGUAAAUCGAUUGAGCUAAAUUGAAAUCUGAUGGAAUGCUUUUACAAUUUGGUGAUGGUGAUAGUAAACAUAAAUAUUUUGAUGUGAAAUUGAGUACGGACGCGUAUCGACCUCCUUCCAUGUAACACAGAUAAAUGUUAGCACAUAGAUUUGCAAUGUCUGAAUAUGAACAUGUGCAGUAUUGGGUGAAAUGCUGCACGUGGGAGGCAGUUUUUGCCCAUUUUUUUAUAAUUAAAAGAAUAAAAUAAACAAAAAGCUCAGUUAAGAACAUUUUUUUUCUUUUUUUGUAAUUCCUUUUAAUUAAAACUGUAAACUCAGUUUUUUGUUUUCUGAAAACCCUGUUUUUAUGCCAAAGUUUUUUCUUCAAAAUCAUGUGAAUCUGUAUAUUUUGGUGCAAACUGGCUUCCAUUCAGCUUCAGAUGAUGGUAACUUAGCAUGGAAGUGUCAUGGGGAGACGCCGCCUCGUAGAAAUACUCGUUUUUUGUGGGUGUAGGGUUUGGAAAGUUGACUUUAAUCGUUGGUGGGGGGCGUGUGCAACUAGAAUUGAGUCUUUACUGGGUUUUUAAAGGGAAGUGAGCUUCUGGCUGCAGUUCACCUUGUAAACCUUUUGUUUUUUGUUAGACUGCAAAUGAUAUUUGUUAGUUUAUGUAAAAGCACAAAUGCUGUUCUGUCAUCCUCACAUGGUUUUGGGAAUUCUUUUUGUAUCUUUUUAGGACAAUGUGCAACGCCUUCACUGGGUAAGCUGCUAUUGUUGUUUAGUCAUGAUUAGGAGCUUUUCAGUUGUUUUUAUUUUAGUUGGUUAGUUAAAAAGAGAGAAAAAAAUGACUCUAAUGGCCGUAGCGGUCAGUGUGAUUUAUGCAAUAAGAUGUUUCCUGGGGUUUGUGUCUCUGUGACACACCUGGAGGGUUUGUACAGACUCUGCAAUCAAAGCACAAUGUGCAAAUACUUUGUUUUCUUUUUUUUUAGUCAGAGAAAGUGUUUAUAUACAGAGAAAAUCUUUGUGCUUUAAGAAGUUGCUUUUUAAAGAUGUAAAACAAUUAAUAAAAUAAUUUUUCUUAAAAA